GAGCAGUAUACUACGGUUUCGACAUGUUCAAGAGAAUCAUUCACCGUCCCGCGGUUCGCGGCAACAACAUCCUUAAGAAUCGCUGUAACUUCUCCCUCGUCUCAGUCCAUUCUACGUUUCCCGCGACAUUGUAUCGGCUUCAAUUCAAGCGCGAGUCCCAGCUCUACGAUAAAAAGCAGCAACAGGGGGAUAGUGAAGUUGACGAUGCCGUCAAUGUCUCCCAAGACGGACUGAUUUAUCCUGAGGUGUCUGAGUCGAUCUCGAACGGAGCGCUCUUCAUGCCUAACACAUUCUUCAUGCAAGAACUGACGCGAAUGUCCUUUGACUAUUACCUCGACAACCUAGCGGAUAGCCAGCCGUCUGCGGACCCUCACCUUCUGUGUAUCCCAAAAGACACGCCCAUACCGAGAACUCUGAUUCUCCUUCGCGAGCGGAAUAUCCGUAGUCGGUUCUCGCUUCAGCCAUCAUUUCCUAUGUCAUUGAACGACUUGAACAGUGCUUUGACCGACUUCUAUGCGAAAUACGGCACCCCAACUCCCGCAGAGAAGUGGUUGGUGGAGCAUGAAUACCACAAAUCUUCCGAUGACUCGAAGGAAGAUUGGAUGCAAUAUUGAAUUUACUGGCAAUUGAGGGUUGAAAAUCAUGGCAGUGCUGGGACACUUGUGGCUCACAUGGCGCGUAGAAGGUGCGAGAUAACCAUUGUAUGGACUCUGUCCUGUUGGGCUCAGCUGG